AGGACUCUUAUCGCUGCAUAAGAUAGAACAUAGAAGUAGUCAACAACAUAGCAAAGUCUACAACUGUGGAGUAGCACAAACAUCACAAAACACAAAAACCCCUACAUCAAACCCUACAUCUAUUCUCUCUAUCCGAAAUCUGCAAUCUCCAUUAAUCAAUGGAGAGACGAAGAGACUGUAAACUAGAAAUGCUAAGCUCAGUAAUCGCACUUUGUCUGGUGGUGUUAGCAUGUGUUGAGCUUGGUGACGCUGCUACUGCUGUCGAUGUAUAUCGUUUGAUACAAUAUGAUCUAGCUGGUUCUCCUUUCGGAUCUCGCCUUUCUUCUCUUAAUCAUCAUGCUGCUUCUUCUCUUACUACUCCUAAUGCCGAUCUAUCUCGCGCCGUCGUCAUUAUGCCUAUUCGUGACCUUCAUCUUUCGUCUGUCAAAGAUUACAUUGACCGGAAACAACCCCUAGGCGGAUUAUUGUUUUUGCUGCCUCAGGCUUUCAAUUCUGAAGGAAGAGAAAGCAAACAGGAUGCUGAUCACAAUUCCGAGGAAGAAUCCGAGAGAGACAAAUUGUUGCUAUUGGAAAGGUUGCUGGUGCAUGCCAACAUUCCUUAUCCUGUCUACUUUGCCUUUGAGGAUGAACACAUCAAGGCUGUCCUGGAUGACGUUAAACGUAGUGAUGCAACUGGCCAACCUGCCACAGCAACUACUGGCGGGUACAAGCUUGUUGUUUCAACAACAGAGGCUAGGAAGGUUUCUUCUCCUAGCAUUACGAACAUUCAGGGUUGGUUGCCAGGAUUGAAGAUGGACGGGGAUUCCCACCAAAUUCCAACAAUUGCUUUAGUGGCAUCUUAUGAUACAUUUGGAACUGCACCAGCCUUGUCAGUUGGUGAUAGUAAUGGAAGUGGUGUUGUGGCACUUCUGGAAGUUGCUCGACUAUUUUCAAUUCUGUAUUCAAACCCUAGCACAAGAGGAAGAUACAACUUACUUUUCGGGCUAACUUCUGGUGGACCUUACAACUAUAAUGGAACUCAGAAGUGGCUUCGGAGUUUGGACCAACGCGUGCGUGAGAGUAUUGAUUAUGCUAUAUGUUUAAGUGAUAUUGGUUCAUGGGACAACGAGUUGUGGCUUCAUGUGUCAAAACCUCCAGAAAAUGCUUACAUAAAGCAGAUUUUUAAAGAUUUCUCUGAAACUGCUGGAGAAUUAGGAAUUAAGGUUGGCUUGAAGCACAAGAAAAUCAAUAUUUCAGAUCCUCGAGUAGCUUGGGAGCACGAACAAUUUUCAAGGCUCAGAGUCACAGCAGCCACGCUUUCGGGGCUCUCUUCCGCACCUCAGUUUUUGGAGAAUUUUGGAGGCCUUUCUGAUAGCAGGCAUUUUGUAAGCCAGCCUGCUAUUCUCAGAGGCAUCAAGUUAGUGGCGGAGAGUCUUGCGGGGCAUAUUUAUGGGCAUGAACGAAAGAAUAUUAAGAUAUUUGCAGAAAAUAGUAGCUUAGCAGUUAAUCCAUCUUAUGUAGCUUCAUGGUUGAGCCUUUUAUCCCGGACACCUCGAGUUGCUCCUUUUCUUCCGAAGACUGAUCCAUUCAUUAGUGCUCUCAGAAAGGAACUGGCAGAGCAUACGACUGAGGUGAAUGUACAACAUGAGAAUCUUGAUGGAAUUUUUACCUUCUAUGAUUCAACAAAGGCCACUUUGAAUAUUUAUCAGGUAGCUAGUGUAACAUUUGACUUGCUGUUAUUGCUAGUUCUGGGGUCAUACUUGAUAGUGCUAUUCAGUUUCCUCGUCAUUACAACCAGGGGGCUCGAUGAUCUCAUCAGUUUAUUUCGGAAACCACCAUCCCGGAAAAUGAAAACAGCCUAAUUCUACGAAAGGGGAACUAAUAGUUAGAAGAUCAUUCAGCCUGUUGCUUGCUCAAUGCCUAUUUAUUGUGGCUUAAUCUCACACUUCAUUUUCCUCCAGCCUGAACCAUAGAAGUUCCCCGUGCAGAUUUAUCGUCGCUGGUGAUUUUGUAGAUUUAUCUACAAGUAGAGGCUUCUAUAUGUGGUUGCCUCACAGAGAUCAUUCUUUAUUUCUGAAAGGAUUUCGUGCCUCAAUGCCAAGCAAAGAUUUUGUUUAGAUAUAAGUGUAAUGAGCAGGAUUUGCUUCUACCUUGAACGAUUUGAACACCUUUCUAUGUACAAUUUUGUCAUCUUUUCCUAUAUAAAAAUGUUUAUAUACUUCUCUUCCCCAUAGGGGAAGCCAUUUUGUUA